AUGGAAAAUAACUACUUACUAAACCAAAACAAGCAAAAAAGUAGACCACAUAUAAGUGAGGAAAACACCACAGUGAAGACCGACAACAACAAUGCACACAGAGAAUGUAAAGUAGAACCCCAAACGGAUAAUAUGCAUCAUGCCUUUUCUGCUAAUUGUCUAAAGAGUAAAAGCACAUUCAAGGAUUUUUUAACCAAUGAGGAAGAAACGAGCACAAAAAAGAGCCUAGAAGAGGCGGUCAAUAGAAGGAAAAAAAUUAACGAAAUGAUUGCAGCGUACAAUUCUUUAAAUUUAAGUUUAUCCAGUUGCAAUUUCGGCAAUUUCGGCAAUUUCGACAACUUGGACAACUUGGACAACUCGGACAAUUUGGACAUUAGAAAGAAAACGUCUCUUUACAAUUCUGAUUAUAGCUGUGCUGUGGAUUAUCAGAACCAAAUGAGUUACAAGAAAAAAGUGUCUCAAGGGAACCACUUAGGUGUGACGAAUCAGGCGGAGGAGAGAAAGGGAGAGGCCUACAACGCAGGGGGUUGUGGCAAUAAUGAGAUCGCGAAACUGUCUAGGAGCAACUACUUGAAUAGUUUACUCCACCACAGGGGGAACCUCGCAAACGGGGACAACCUGGUGUGCAGAAUAAAGGACCUCUCAGCAGGUCACGGGAAUUGUAGCGAAAAAUGCCACAUAAAUUGCCCCCAAAAUUGCCACAAAAAUUGUCGCGAAAAUCGCAGUGGCAGCGGCCGAGGCAAUUCGAACGAUCAGUCCCAAGAUGACGACGAAUUGGAAGACUAUAAAACAUUCCUAACCCUAGACAGCAACCAUACCAUAUUCAAGACAAAGCCUCUGAAGCUCCCGGACCUCUCCUUCCUGCAUAACAGCAGCCGUGCUUACAGCACCGUGGAUUUUAGCAACGAGGGGGAAGACGAUCACAGUAGUAACCGCUUCUGCAGGAAUAGAAUUCUGUACGAGAGGUUGGAAGGACUGUCCUUCGACCAAGAUGGGGACGGCGACAGUGUUGACGGUGGUUUGAACGAUGGCGAUGGUGUGGACGAUGGCGGUGGUGUGAACGAUGGCGGUGGUGUGAACGAUGGCGAUGGUGUGGACGAUGGCGGUGGUGUGAAUGUUGGGGGAGAUAUGAACUUCUCUCACGUGAACCCUCGCAGGAAGCCUAACCCCAUCUCGGAGCAGAGCGCAGAAAACGGUGCACUGCGAAAGAAGACAGCAGGUAUGCCCGAGAGCAGUCAUCAAAAUUGCGUGGACAAGAGUGCCAACUUCUUCGAGCUGAGGAAGGGAAGUCAAAAAAACGUCGCUAAGAAUUGCAUAAAAAGUAGCCGACUGAAAAACUUCAACAUAGAGCAGCUAAUUAAUGGCAGCAUUAACCGGAUUGGCCGCGUGAGUCCGAACAUAGAAGAAUUUAAAGAAAUGCUGCUGAGCGUGGCGACAGAUAACCUAAACGAAUAUGCAAAGUGCUUACAGAGCAUCAAUAACGAAAAGCUAAAGAGCUACAAGUACUGUAUCAAGCGAGUGAAUGACUACAACAUUAGUCAAUAUUUGAGUGCGACGUUUCGCGCGUCCAUUCCAGUGAAAGGUAUUGAAGAGUCGGUGCUGACCAAAUCGGAUACCUUUUCUUCCAUUCGCAACUCGGCGUACGAGAUCUAUGAGUCAAGUGCGUCCCCCCACGGUGGAGACACGAGUUGUGAGGAGUUGGCGAAUGUGAGCAUUGCAGGUGGUGAUAGCAACAGUGAGUGUGGCGUCGGUGGUAGUGUCCAUGGCAGCGACUAUGGCAGCGACUAUGUUAGCGACUGCGUUAGCGACCGCGACUGGCAUGGAGCCAACGGCAGCUUAAAAGUUUACAAAAAGAAAAAAAAUUAA